AUGUCAUUUACAUGUGAAUCAUGUCCUCGGCCACGAAAAAUAUUAAGAAAAGAAACUUUACCACAAUACAAGUUCAAAAUAAAAUCUGACCAAAUGGCUUAUGCGGAAGUUCAUGAAAUUAACUAUCAUAUCAAUGAACUCGAAAGAAAUAAAAAUAUUUUAAAAAACGAUGAAACGAAAAUCAAAUUUCCUGUAGCUAUUAUGUCUGUACAAGUACGUCGAAUCAGAUUAUUACACAUAAUGUUGAAUUACCUCCGUUCAUAUCUUAUUCGACAUUUGCUGAAUAUUGAACAGAAAAAUUAUCGAUAUGUUUCUCAGAUAUCUCCAUCAUCGAUAAAAUUAAAUUCAACAAUGAAGAAUUUGAUUGCAAAUCACCAAUAUAAAGAAGCUCUGGAUUUAUUUGAGAAAAAACUUUCAAUACAUACUGAUGCAACAUUUGUUUUAGCUUUAAAAGCAUCUACUAAAUUAUCUGAUCAUCAACGUGGUAUCAAUAUUCAUCAGCAACUUCCAUUGAAAUCGUUGAAAAAUCUACAUAUUCAAACUGCGUUAAUUCAUUUUUACAUGCAAUCCCAUCGAGUAAAAGAUGCUGAACAAAUCUUCUCAACUGUUGAAAAAGAAAAUCUUUUUGUAUAUGGUGCAAUGCUCAAAGGUUAUCUUUCAAACAAUAUGCCUGAAAAAGUCUUUGAAUUAUACAAAAAAAUAUCGAUUAAAGUCGAUGCAGUGAUUAUGACCAUCCUCUUCAAUGCUUGUGCCAAAAUUUGUGAUGAUCAUGCAAUUCAAAUUGGAAAUGAUGCUUUUGAGAAAUUACCAAAAUCUUUUCUUGAAAAUCAAAACUUAUUUUGCACAAUCAUUGAUAUGUUUAUGAAAUUUCAUAAUGUUGAACGUGCUGAAUAUUUAUUCAAACAAAUGAAAAAGGUCGAUUCAUCAAUUUAUGGAAUAAUGAUGAAUGGUUAUAAAAUGAACGAUCAACCAUUUGAAUGUUUAGCCAUUUUUGAAGAAGCAAAGAAGAAAAAGAUUCCAAUUGAUAUACAUAUGGCAUUAGCAUUGGUUGGUGCAUGUGCACAGAUUGGAAUGCGUUCAACUUCGAGAAAAUUUCUUUCACAAAUUUCACAUUUACAAAAGAAUUUUCAAUUACAAAAUGCUUUGAUCGAUAUGUUGGGUAAAUCAAGUGAUAUUCAACAAGCUGAAAAAAUAUUUCAAUCUAUAUCUCAACCUAAUUUGAUCACUUACACUGCGAUGAUUAAUGCAUAUGCACGAAAUGGAAUGGGAUAUGAAGCAAUUCAUAUCUAUGAACAAAUACCUGAGGAUAUGCAUGAUUUCAUAUCAUAUGUGUGUAUUUUGAAUGCAUGUUCACAUUCGGGACUAGUUGAUCAAGCUCGAAAGAUUUUCAAGAAUAUUCCAAGAAAAAACGAUGUCAUUGUCACUUCAAUGGUGGAUUGUCUUAGUCGAAUGCGAUUAUUUCAUGAAGCACAAAAUUUAAUCGAUGAAUUUGAACAAUCCAAUGCUCCUUCUUCGACAAUGUACAUGGCUAUGUUAUCCGCUGCUCGAAAUUUCCAUCAAGUUAAUCUUUCAGAGAAAUUGUUUGCGAAAAUGAAAAAUUUAUUUGCCGAGAAGAAAACAAAUUUAAUAUCUGCCUCAAUUCUUCUCUCAAACACUUAUUCUUCGGUGGGUGAUUAUCAAUCAGCUCGACAACAACGACCAAAUCGAAUCAAACAAUUUGGAAAUAAUGUCACAAUUGGAUUGUCUUGGACAGAAGUCAAUGAUAAAAUUGUGUGUUUCAAAGCACAUGAUCGUUCACAUCCUCGAACAAAUGAAAUUUAUGCUGAACUUGAUCGUUUAUCGAAUGAAUUAAAAGAACAUGAUUUUCAAUUUGAUCCGAGUUGGAUAACUCGACCAAUUAAAGAUGGAGAAAGUGUUGAAUCUGUAUUAUGUGGUCAUAGCGAAAAACUUGCCAUUGCUUUUAAUUUCAUUGAACAAUCGAAACCAUCAUUUAUUCAAAUUACAAACAAUCUUCGUGUUUGCGGAGAUUGUCAUCGUGCUACAAAAAUGAUCGCAAAAAUUCGUCAAUGUGAAAUUGUUAUACGAGAUGCAAAUCGUAUUCAUCAUUUUCAUCCAAAUGGACAAUGUUCUUGUCAAGAUCAUUUCUAA